AUGAUUAACAAUGGCAAAAUGUUUGCUUUUAGAAACUUUAAUAACAAUAACAAUAAUAAUAAUAAUAAUAAUAAUAAUAAUAAUAAUAAUAAUAAUAAUAAUAAUAAUAAUAAUAAUAAUAAUAAUAAUAAUGAUAAUAAUAAUUCAAAAGAUAAUAUAAACAAUAAUAAAAAUAAAAAUAAUAACAUGGAUAAUGAUGAUAAUAACGAUGGUGGUACUAAAGAAAAGUUUAGUUUCUCUAAACAUGAUGAAUAUCAUCUAAAUAGUUUAAAAAGAGAAUUAAAAUUAGAAUUUUAUAGAAUCAGUGAUGAAAACUUUUCAGAGGCUCCAUAUUUCAAAUUUUUAGAAGAGUUGGUCGCAGAGUUGCCUUUGUUGGCUCUAUCACCAGAGGUAUUUAGUUAUCUAUUCAAAGAAUUAAGCGGAUAUCCAUUGGACUCUAUAAUCGAAAAAAUUGGUGAUAAAAAUAAAUUUCCAUUUUGUCAAUAUGAAUGGACCAAGAAAGCAUGUUUUUUUAGAUGUAAAGAUUGUGCAGUAACAGAUACAAGUUGUGUUUGCUUAGCAUGUUUUAAAAAUGGUGAUCACAUUAAGAACAACCAUGCAUUUAUGGUUGAAGAAAGUGGUUUGGGUGGAUGUUGCGAUUGUGGAAAUGCUGACUCGUUCAAACCACAUGGAUUUUGUAAAGAUCAUUUUACACCAGAAAAAAUUGAGCAUCCAUCAGAUAAUUUAGACAAGGAAAUAAAGAUGAGUGUCCACCUCACAAUGAGGUUCUUUAUAAAGUAUCUUUUACAUUUAUUGCGUAUAGUAUCCAAGCCCAAUUUAAAACAGUUUUCAAAAUAUAAAAAGAAUGAUAUUCAAAGAAUUUUUAGACAGUAUGUCGAAAAUGAAGCUAUAAAGAAAGAGAAAAAACUAUUUAAAGAUAGAACAAGAGAGUAUUUAAAACAGCAACGACUAAUGUAUGAACGUCACAUAUUACAUCAAUUAGAAAGAGAUAGAGAUGCAAGAGAGGCAAGGGAAGAAAGAAAUCAGAACGAAAACAAUACUGACAGUGAUGAAGAUGAUAGCGAUGAUGAUAACAAUAACAAUAACAAUAAUAAUAAUAAUAACAAUAAUAUUGUUCUUAAUAUUAACAAUAAUAAUAUCAAUAUCAAUAUCAAUAAUAAUAACAAUAAUCAUAUUGGUAUUGUAGAAAGAUUACGUCAGCAAUUUGAAUUUUUUCAAGGUGGAAAUCUUAUAAUUCGAGAUCAAAAUGAUUUGGAUUUUGAAAAUGACGAAGAGGAAGAAAAUAACAGUGAUGACGAACCAAUUCAAAAUCCCCCUGAACAAAUAUUUAAUAACUUAUUAUAUAAUCCAAGAGAUGUUAUUGGUAAUUUAAUCGAACAUAUUUUUGGUGCCAAUGAUGAUGAGGCCCAGCCAAUGGAUACAAAUAGUGAUGGAAAUAAUGAAGAAGAGGAAGAAGAAAUAAGGGUAGAGGAGGAAGAGGAGGAAGAGGAAGAUUAUGGCAACAACUGUGAUCUUUACUUAGCCACUGAAUCUGAUGGUGAAUAUAGUUAUAGUAACGAUGGUAGAAAUAAAAGAAAAAAGAUUUAUAGAGAAAAAGAGUCUGAUAGCUAUGGACUCGAUAUCAACAGUGAUGAUAAUGAAACACCAGAUGAGGAUGACGAAAAAGAAGACGAGGAUGAAUAUUUUGAAGGUUCUGACAACGAAGAGGAUGAGCCUGAAGAUAUUAAGUUCAAGGAAUUUGAACCAACAUUAUUUGGUAAAAAUUUUAUAAACCCCAAAGGUUCUGUGCCACUCAACAAAUCUCAAAAUCUUAAUGCAAGUUUAACAAAUAAGGUUGUCAUUAGAAAAUUCCUUAGAAAACUAACACUAAGCAUUGCAAAUAAUUUACUUCGAUGGAUAGAUUCUGUUGCUAGAAGCUCAUACCCAAUUCUCUAUAUUAUCAGCGAAGAGUUUAGUAGACGUCAGUUAGAUCCAAACAAUUUCGAAUUAUACAGUCCAAUCGAGCUUCCAUAUCUUGAUAAAAUAAGCUAUCAGAAAGAUACUUUUGGAAACUCAAUGGGUUAUGUUUUAUCACUUGUAGACUCAAGAGCAUCAGUACUUAUGAUCUUUAGACCAUUAAUCAUCUCACUUUUGGGUAAUAGAUUCUUCAAGUUUUUAUUUUGUGAAGAAUUUCUAAAAACCUACAAACUCUUGGCCCUAUCUUCCAACCGUAGGAUUAGAUCACUAAUAUCUGCCAUCUCUUGUCAAAUGUUUGAACUUCCGUCGAUUGCUGUGCCAUUUUGUACUGGAUACUCAAAACAAAAUCUUUUUAGUACAUUAGCAAAAACUUUGCUAUCAUUGGUUCAAAUGAAAUCAGAAUAUGAUCUAUCAACUCCAACCGGAAGAAAGAAGUAUGAAAAUGAAUUUUAUUCAAAUCAAGAUUAUAGCUACAUUUCAAAUAUUUUUAAACAUGAUAAAAAUUGUAAAUUUCUUUAUGAAAAUUCAGAAUAUAUUGAUGACUUAUUAAAGAUUACCAAUGAAAUUCAACUUAUAGUGCCAGUUGUAAGAAAAAUCAAAUGUGCCAUGGAAUACGAAUUAUCAGUUCUUUCGAACGUUGUUUCAAUUGAAUGCCAAAGCUUUAUUACUUUUGACACCUUUUUCCACUCCCUUUCAAAACAAUCUAUUCCAAUUCAUAAAUAUUUUGAUAUCUUAUUAAAUCACCUAAAUGAUUCAAUUUCAAAAUAUAAUUCUACUCCAUUAAGUCCAAAUGAUUCAAGAUUAAUUAAAAAUAAUAAUAAUAAUAAUAAUAAUAAUAAUAAUAAUAAUAAUAAUAAUAAUAAUAGCAUUGGUAAUAAUAGCAACCCUACAACAACUACAACAACUACUACCACUACUACCACUACUACUACCACUGCAACAACAAAUCCAGCUUCACCAAAACCAAUGGUAACUCAAACAUUUAGUAAAUUUAAUUUAUUAUUCCCACAAUCAGAUAUUUUUAAUGGUGUUGCUCCAGUUCAAUUACAUUUACCAACCAAUAGACUAAUUGGUGUUUAUAUUUUAAAUGCCAUCGAAUUAAAAGAUUAUUCAGUUGAACAAAUUAAAUCAAAACUACCUUUUGAUUCAUUGGUAUUUUUAGCAACCCAAUCAAUGUUACCAUCUGUACUCAUCCAUCAAUUCCAUUCACACCUUUGGGAAAGAAAUUUAAAUAUCAGCGAAUUUAAUUCUUAUUAUCUUUGGUCAUUACUGUCAUUGGACAACACCUUGGUGCAAUAUUGCUCAAUUUUAUUAGGUCCAAAAUACUUUAUGCUAUUAUGUCUCAGUAACUUUACAAGUAACUUUAAAGAAAUUGAAAGCAAUCCCAAUGCAAUUUCUCAAUUCUUUAAAUACUUGAUUUCAAUCAUUCAACAUAGAAAGCAAGCAACAUUCGGUGAAAAGGAAGCUCGUUACCACGUAAUUCAAGCCCUUACCUUUAAUGUAAAUAAUUUUUCAAGACUAUCAGACCAAAGAAAAGAAUUCUCCCAAUAUAAUAAUGUAGAAAAUGUAAUUAAACAAGUUAGUCAACCUAAAGAUGGUAACUUAGUUUUAAAACCAGAAUAUUGGAACCGUUUCGACAUCUAUUACCCAUAUCAUUAUUUUGAUCCAAGUUCAGGCACUAGCAAAUCUUUAGCCAACUAUUAUGAAUACUUAAAACAAAUCAAACAUCCAAUUCCUGAAUCAUAUCCACUUCCAAUGGUUAAUGACCCUUUGCCAGAUAAUUUAAAAGAUGUCGAAAAGAUUUUAGAUGACCCAUUACUAUUCUCUAUUAUCAGUGCAAUCAUCUCCAAAUUUUUAUAUCCAAAAUAUGAAAUGGUCUCAAACUUUACAUUCAGCGUUCAUAGCAAUAAUGAUUUCUCUGAUAAUGUAUUAAAUAGAUGUAUUGCCCAAUUUUUAUCAACGGACCGAAGUGACUCAAAUGAAUACAACCAAUUCUAUGACCCAUUAAUCAGCCACUGUCUCUAUAUUAUUGUAUUAUCAAUUCGUACCUUUAUGGAAUCAAAAUCACAGGAUCUCUCAGAAGAAGAACAAUCUAAAAUCCAUAACCUAAUUCAAUGUACUAUACUUAAUAACUUUGAAUCAAUAUCCACAUCAACUAAUGACUUUAAUAAUUGUAUCAGCUGCUUAUUUAAACCAUUUAGAUUGUUAUACAAUGAUCAUUCAAUUCAAACAAAUCUAUUCUUUUUAAUUAUAGACUUAUCGUUCCAUAUAGAAAAGCUCAAAGUGUUUUCAGAUAAAAAAGAUUUAAUCAGCAAAUUUUUUACAUACCUUCACGAUUUUGACUCGAAUGUUUCAGAACUAUUCACCCAAAAAAAUUUUGAUAUCUCAUCAUUACUUUCACAACAAAACGAAAUUAAUCAUAACAUUAGAAGAAAAAUCGCCCAAGAGAAACAAGAAGAAAUUAGAAGAAAAAUGGAGUUACAACAAAAACAAUUUAUGCAAUCAAAUCAAUUACUUUUAGAAGAAGACGAUGAUGAAGAUUAUGCAGAUCACGAUGGAGGUCCAACCAACACCACCAAAAUAGGAAAUCUACAAGUAAAAGAUUUAGUUUGUGUUGUAUGUAAAAAUAAUCAUGAAACCCCAAAUAACCCAAUUUGCUCCAUCGGUGUCACAGAAUAUAGCUCUGUAAAAAGGAUGAGUGAAAACCAAUCAUCGCACGAUCCUUUACCAAAAUCUAAAAAAGAUUUAGACAAUCGUAAAAACUCAAUCCUAAAUACAAAUGCAUAUAAACUACCAACCACUGACAUCGACGAUAACUUAAUACAAAUAAUCUAUGGUACUGGUACAUUUACCCAAACUUGUAGUCAUUAUAUACACCAUUCAUGUCUCACUCAAUACUCUGCAAAUCCAUUUGAUGGUUUUAAAUGCCCACUUUGUAAUCGCUAUUCAAAUUUAGCAUUACCAGUUAACCAAGCCAAACCAAUUACCGAUGAUGACUCAUAUAAUAUCACAACCCUACCACCUAUAAGAGAUGUACUUGCCACACUAUUCACAUGUUACCCAAAUAAAGAGACACCAAGCUAUUUAAUUGACAAAACCGACUCUAUCUAUUUCCUCAAAUUUAUAUUAAACAACAUUGAAACUUUAGAAAUUGCAUCACGUAAAAACAACAACUACUUGACCAUCCCCACCGAUCCAAUGAAACAAUCAAUCGAUAACUCCUACCAUGUUUACUCCAAAACUGAGUUCCAACGUCAACUAGAUACACUUACUCUUUUGUAUAGCAAUAUCAUCAAAAUCACUGAAAGAAGAUAUAAUACCUAUGACUUUUAUAAAAGCGAGCUCCAAUCCAAAUAUGCUCAAAUUGAUCCAUUCAUUAUUGCAAUUUUACAACACUACGUCAAUCGUGGCACUGACCCAUACCAAUAUAUAUUACAAGCUUACACUCACUUGGUUGCAGAUAUCAUUUCAAACAAGGUCAGUCAAAACCCACUUUUCAAUUUAUUAAAUCAGCAAGAUGAAAUCGAACUCAUUUUACAACCAUUCAUUAGAAAAUCUUAUCUUUUCUUACACUAUUGUUAUAUUUCCUCAAAACCAAUUUUUGAAAUCAAUUUUAAUUUUAGCAAUGACGAAGAUAUCUAUACCUUUACUCCAAUUACAAUUGAAUCAUUUUCAAAUAUUAAAGAAUUAAAGAGAAAAUUAAAAUUACCAUCAAUUUCAGAAAUUUCAAAUGAUAACGAAUUUUUAAUUAGAAUGAAUCGUAUAAUGACACCAUCUAGUAUCAAAACUUUCAAAUACCCACUAUUACAUACAUUAGAAUCAAAGCUACCAAAAUUCAUAGAUUUACCAAAUGAUCAUAUUACAUUUUUAAUGGAUAAUAUUACCAAAUCAUGUUCAUCUAAUUGUGAUUCAUUACCACGUGGUGUUUGUUUAUUCUGCGGUCAUGUUGUUUGUUUUGGCAAUUGUUGCCCAGGUGAAUUUAAAAAUCAUAUUAACAAUUGCUCAUCUCAUGGUAUUUUCCUUGGUAUUUGUACACCAGAGAUAUCACUAUCUCUCCGUAACUUUGAUAGAGACUCUUCGUUAUCCAUUUACUAUGACAAGUUUAACGAACCUGCUCUAAAAUCAAAACCAAACCUUCACUUAGAUUUAGAUUCCACUAAAAAUAUUUAUAUUCAAUGGUUGAAAGGUUUAAUACAUCAAAGACAAAAUUAA